AAACAUGAAUGAAUACAUUAAACCAUUAGUAAACAUAGUAAUGCUGAAACUUAAAACUCAUUUAAAAAUAAAUUCCAUUUGCCAAAAUUCUAUUUUUUAUUAUCAGAAAAGUACCUAAUGUACUAAAUAAUUUUGUUUAAAAAUGGAGGUGAUCAAUGAAUUGAAGAAACUAGAUUUAGAUAAUCUUAAUGAAGAAUGGAUGCAAGCGAUCUAUUAUGCCGAGUUUCUUGAAUUUGCCGAGAUUCCAUCUGAAUAUGAAAAAAUUCUAGAAUCUUUAGACAUUAAAAAAGUAUUCAAAAGUAUAAUGAAAUCAAUUGAUUCAUGGUUGAGUUUAGAAAACUCUGAUGAAGAAAAAUCUUGGGCGACACUAUCUCACCAAGUUAAUCAUCAGAAACUGUUAGCCUUGCUUGCGUACUUUAUUGAUUAUGGUGGUAAAAAUGUACACACAUUGGAGUAUAGAAACAGUACUCUCUUAGCUUCCCGAUUGUACUAUAAACUUUUAUCAAUUCCUGGAUACAAAGCAUACCACAUAUAUCACUCUCAAUUGUUUGCACAGUCCUUGGUUUGCUUGAGUUUUCCAAAAUCAAUGUGCGAAAAUGAAAACAACUACUACAGUACUAAGGAUUUGUCACGUGAAGUGAAUUCAGUCAUAAGAGAGUUGCAGCAUUUUGUCCUUGAUCUGAGAGCUGUAAUCAAAGAGUUACAUUUGAACCCCACUGAUAUGAAUUUUGAGGAUAUCUUAAGUAAUCUUGUGGAUAUCACUGGAGGUGCUAUUGUUAAUAAGCUUAAUGUUGACAAAAUUGAACUAGCAAAUGUGUCAAAAGUUAUAUAUGAAAUGAUAGAUGUCUUGAUAUGUGAUUCAAAUGGAGAUGUAAAUGAGUCAGCUAUAAGAUUGUUGUUUAAAUGCAUUCUCCCCAAGCUGGUGGCAGCAUCUGUGGAUUGCAGAAAUGCUAAUAACUUGGUAAGAGCUUCAUAUGUUACAUAUUCCGGAUUACUACUCACAAAAUACGGCAAAGCAGCAUUACCAGGAUAUGUUGUGCUUUUACAGCAUCUUUGUUACACCUUGGAUGGAUUGGAGCGUGCAGAAGUACGGGCGGCGCGCGUGUCGCUCGUGUUUGGUUUGAUGAGUCUACUUCCAAAGAAGUCCUAUAGGAAAACAGUGAAGUGGCUUCUUACAUUAUCAACUACGUCCAAAGUCUCACAUAGACAAAUUGCUAUGGAAUUAUUGGCCAAACUAUUAAACAAUGAUCCAGAAGAAAAGAAACCAAGCAGGACUGAGCAACAAAAUCCAGAAAGUACUGAUCAUCCAAGUACUUCUGCCACUACAACAGAUCAGCCGGAGAGAGAAGCGGCCAAAGAUGCAGAAAGCACGACAGAAAGCACUAAUGAAAAUGAGCCCGCGCCGGCUAUGACUACAGAUGACGAAAGCAGCCAGGAUAGCCAACCCGUUCAAAUUGAAGAUGACAUGACUGAAGACGAGGUUGCAGGCCUACUUCGUCAGCGCUCCCACACGGUGCCCCACUUGGAGAUCCUUCAAGCGGUGUACGAACGUUUACACGACGUGUCGAGCACGCUGCGGGCACGGGCCCUAGCCAUUCUCGCCGACUGUCUGGCCACGGACCACGCGCCAUUGAAGGAGGCUAUUAAGGAGCUGAACGGUCCGGAGGCGGGCGCCGUGAGCCGCCUGCUGGCGGCCAGCGCGCGCUGCGUGUGCGACGAGCGCGCGGCGGUGCGGCGCGCGGCCGUGCCGCUGCUGCAGCGGCUGCUGGCGCCGCCCGCCGCCUCCACGUCCGCGGACUUGAUGAUAUUGGUGGGUCUGUGCCGCGACGCGAGCAUUCUCGUUCGCUCGGCGAGCAUCGCUGCACUCGGCGAGAUGCUCUGCGCGGCGCCGUCCGACGCGUUGUUCGACGCCUUCCUAUCGGGACCUAUGCAUCAGCUGUCUGACCCUGAAGCUAAGGUACAAGAACAAGUCGUGACACUCGUUCAGCAAAUUCUGAUCGAACGGCUGCAUAAGUAUGAAGUUGGUGAAGAGGAUCCGCUGCCCUGGAUGUUCCUAGCGGGCGUCACGCGACACAACAUGCGAAGGCAUCUACUCAAAGCUUGCACGCUACUCGCCAAGACUUCUAACCCAAUUAAUGUUCGCAUCAUAGACACUCUGAGCACCCACCUGGGCGUGAAGGACGAUGCUCGUGACCUCCAAUGCCUCGUGUUGCUGACGAGCGCGGCGAAACUCGUCGACUACUCCGAGGUUGGCUUCGUGCUGGAAUACUACUACAAGCUGACAGAUGAUACUAAGGCUCGCGAUGUCCGACUGUUGCCUCUAACCCUGGAGCUGCUGAGCACGUGGUCUCGCUGGACCACGGCCGCCGCCAGGAACGAGCUCAGGGAACAUCUCGUGAGGAGACUCGCUUCUGCACCUGACGACGGCUGUCGAAUCGCGUCAGCAGCGCUCGCCGCACAACUCGAUCCGAGUAAUCUCACAUGGGCUACAGAGCUGAUGCAGUUAUCGGAAUCUCGCGCAGUGUGGGGCGGGGCUGCGGCCGAGUGGGUGCGCGCGGCAGACUUGUCGCUCCUGGCGCCCGCCCCGCCCAGGCCCGCGCUGCUGCGACUGUUUCUGCGGGCGCUACAGCAUCCGCCGCCUGAAUGGGAUGAGAGUUCACUAGGCGCAAUGGUAGCAGGAGCUGGGCGACUUUGUGUACGGUCACGAGAGACCGCUGCGCAAGUGGCGCCCGCACUCGCGACUUUGCUACAAGACCAACAAGCUAUGUUGGCCCCGCGGCUCAACGCUUUGCGGGCGCUUACUGAUAUUUGUACCAGAUAUACGUGCAUCGUGGAGCCGCUGCUGCCAGCCAUCUGCGGCUGCGUGAGCCGGACGUCCGCGCCGGCGCUGCGCAGCGCGGCCGCGCGCGCGCUCACGCGCCUGCUGCUGGCCGGCUACCUGCGGCUGAGGACGCCGCUGUACUACAAGUACUUCGCAUUAUUAGCUGACGACGACCACGACGUGCGCGAACCGGCCGAGUAUUACGUGACCAGUUGUCUCACUCCCGACGCGAUCUAUCAUCACUUUGUGGACUGCGUGUUGCAUUACAACAGCGAUAGACAGACUGAUGCGAUAUCAUUCGACGCUCGCCAGCUGAUCUACGACGUGAUGCUGCAGCGGCUAUCAUUGGUUCAGAAGCUCAACGUUCAAUGUCGGCUUGCUCGCGAGAUACUCCAACACGCGGCCGAGCAGUGUGACGAGGUCGAUGACCUCCCGGCCGAGCUCAACGCCGCUCUUCUCGACACCAUCACUUUGCUGUGCGGUGUGCGCAUGAAGCUGCCCAAAAAACCACAAAACACUGGAGAUGGAUAUAUUGAAGACUUACAAGAGCGAGUUACUACAAACAUUGUAUCACAUAAAAUGAAGCGUACAGUGGCGGAAGUAUUGGUGCCUGCCGUAUUAAGACUGUAUUCGCGAUUGCGCGCGCGCGGCGGACAGGUAGCUGCCUAUCUCGUGCGCAUCGCCACUGAUCUGCUCAGCGACUAUCGACAAGAGAUCGAAGAGCUGAUAGAGAACGACGAGGAGUUGGUGGAACGAAUCCAGCAGUUCCAGGAAAAUAUAGGCCUGGAGCCUUCGUUUGGAAACAGUCGGAACCUCGUGACACGGUCCGCGCCGCCCGAGCCCGAGACUCCGCGCGCGCCCCGCAAGCGCGCCGCCAGGGCCCAUAAAGACACGCCCGUGAGAAAGCGCGCGCUGAGGAUAUAAUCACGAUAGCGCGCCAACCCCUGCCGUGAAUAAUACGUAUGCUGGACUGAAUAUUCUUCAAAAUGAAUUUGAUUUGAAAAGUUUCCGAGUCGUUUCCUGUCAUUUUAUGCAAAUAGGCGCGGUGUUGGAAGUAUUAUGUGUAUUGUGAAAAAAAAAACUGUAUCAACAAUCGUAAGUAGGAUAUGAAUUGUGGAUGGAGAAUUAUUUUUGAAAAAAUAAGGUUAUAUAACUAGAAAUGAUGGUGAUUGUAGUGUGUAAUUUCUAAGGAAAAAUUGCUAAGCUAAAAGAUCAUUUAGAAAUGUUAUUAUUUAUAUAUUUGGAGACGAAUUUAUUUUUCAUAAAUAUAAUUAUUUCUCGA